AUGGAGACUCCCGGGCCUGAACACGAUGACACCUUUGACUUCCUCUUUAAGAUCAUUCUGAUCGGAGACUCCAACGUGGGCAAGACCAGCGUGGUUCAGAAUUUCAAGUCGAGGACUUUCUCAGAGCGGCAGCAGAACACCAUCGGAGUGGAUUUCACAGUGCGCACGGUGGACAUAGACGGCAGGAAAGUGAAGAUCCAGGUGUGGGACACUGCCGGCCAGGAGAGGUUUCGCACCAUCACCCAGAGCUACUACCGCAGCGCUCACGGCGCCGUGAUCGCCUACGACCUCACGCGCAGCUCCACCUUCGACUCGGUGACCCACUGGAUCAAGGAGACGGAGCUGUACGGAGCGGCAAACGUGGUGCUUGUCCUCAUAGGUAACAAAAGUGACCUGGAGGACCAACGGCAGGUUCCGUUCGUGAAAGCCUGCGACCUUGCAAAGGAGAGGGGCAUCCUAGCGGCACUAGAAACAUCUGCAAAGGAGAGUCAGAAUGUUGAAGAAGCCUUCUUCAUGAUGGCCCGGGAGCUGCUGCACCGCAACGGGCUGAACGUCCACCAGGGGGACGUCGACGCCAAGGACGCCUCUCGGGUUCUCCUCCGGGCCAACUCCCGGCCCGUUAAUGGACCGACAGCUGCCUACGCAGCACCGGAGAAGAAGUCCUGUUGCUGAUUUUAGCUGAUGUGAAUGUGGAAGAGAGAGAGGGCGACUGUGUGAGUGGCAGCUGUGCACAUGGAGGAUGUUUUAGAAAUAUUGAAGAGUAUUUAAAAAACCAAAAACAUUUAUGACAUGCCAGAUCUGAAGACCUUGGUGCUGUAAGGACACAAAUAAGGCUAGUAUCUGAUCACUGUCCUGGGACUGUUACCUGUACGUAUCUUUAAGUUUGCACAAAAAAAAGGAAUCAAAUUGUGAAUUAAACAAUGAAAGGUUUAGUAUGAAACUUA